CAUCAUUUCCCCCGCAGAGGCUGUAUCUGAAUCAUUUGUCGUGCUCUCAAUCACCUCUUGUUUUGCCGAAUAUCCGAACAAUACCUUGAGAAAACAAGGAACGAAGAAGAAGAAAAGAAGAAAAAAACAACACAGCCACCAUGUCGUCCAUCCCCAAGACAUACACGGCGGCCGUCAUUGAGAAGAAGGGCGCCGGCCUCACCCUCAAGGAGCUCGAGCUGAAGCAGCCCGGCAAGGGAGAGGUCCUCGUCAAGGUGCUGGCCUGCGGCGUCUGCCACAGCGACGAGUUCCUCCGCCAGGGCCACUUGGGCGACGUCUUGCCGCGGAUCCCAGGUCAUGAGAUCAUCGGCGAGGUGAUUGCUGUUGGCGACGAUGUCACCAGGUUCAAGGGCGGCGAGCGAGUCGGAGGAGCUUGGCACGGAGGACACGACGGCUCAUGCAGGAGCUGCCAGCGCGGCCUGUUCCAGAUAUGUGAGAACGCCCAGGUCAACGGAGUGAGCCGAGAAGGAGGCUAUGCAACCCACGUCCUUCUCCGCCAAGAGGCAGCCGUUCGGGUCCCGUCUGAUGCAGACCCAGCCGAGGCCGCUCCCUUGCUCUGUGCCGGCGUCACCGUCUUCAACUCCAUUAGGCAGCUCGGCGUCCAUCAGGGCGGCAUCGUUGCCGUGCAGGGCCUCGGAGGGCUGGGCCACCUGGGUGUCCAGUAUGCCAACAAGAUGGGGUACGAGGUGGUGGCCAUCAGCAGCGGCAGCGACAAGCGCAAUUUUGCCACCAAGCUGGGUGCACACCACUACAUCGACACGAGCAAGGAGGAUGCGGUGCAGGCCCUGACGAAGCUGGGAGGUGCCGACAUAAUCGUGGCCACAGCCCCGAACCCCAAGGCCAUCAGCCCGCUCGUUGGCGGUCUGGCUCCUCUCGGGAAGCUGCUUGUCUUGGCGCCUGUCGGGCCCAUCGAGGUUGAUUCCACCACCUUGGUGGUUAAAGGUACCUCUGUGCACGGUUGGCCGGCUGGACACGCACUGGACUCGGAGGAGGCUAUCGCCUUUGCGCAGACCCAUGGCGUCAAGUGCUUGAUCGAAAAGUUCCCCCUGAAGGACGCCCAGAAGGCCUUUGACCGCAUGACCAGCGGCGAGGUUCGCUUCAGGGCUGUUCUGACCAUGUGAACGGGGAAGGGCUGUUUGCUGUUAAAAUCCAGACUGAACCGCAUGUAGUCAUGCAAUUCGAGGAGGGCUGUGUUAUUUAUCUAAUAUGAAACCCCGAGUAUCAAAAAUGUGAUUUGAACGUGCAAAUCUUGGUGAUAGCUGUAGUCAACUCGCUCGCAAACGAUGGCAACAUCUAGUUUAGGGAGCACUGUCAAACUGCCCAGCUCGCUUGCUUAAGAGCCCAAUCUUGAACCACUCCGCAAGCCCUCUCGCCUCCAUAACAUGACCGAACUCAGCCACAGACUCGGUCUCGUUAAAGGGGCUGCUGGCCGACCGUGGCGCGUCAUCGGCCGCCUGGACUACCAGCUCCUUUUGCUCCGGCUUCCACACACACUGAAAGUUCUUGUAUCGGAGAUCUUUCACUGCGCUGACCCACGAGGUGAGGUCCUGGACAUCUGGGCUCUCGCCGUACAUGAGCCCUGGAGAGCCACCGUAGCGUACGAGCACCAAGGGGACAUUGAAGUGGGCGGCCGCCUUCUUGACGCGCUGGAGCUUCUUGCGGCUGGUGAUGUGGUGGGUUCGGAUGAGCGUGACAAAUG